GGAGAGAGUUGAUAUCAAUAUAUAAGUAUCUGGGCUACUCCUCUCAUUGCCAACUGGUUUUGAGGUGGAACCCCAUGGACUUCUAUAUGGUAUCGAGCCUCUUUCUGGGGCCGUCAUAUUUUUUUUAGGGUUUUCUUUCCUUCUCUUUUCUCUGCCGCUGCCGCAUCUUCGAUCUCCUUUGCUGCCAGGUUUUCUUUGGCGAUCGUACUUCUUGCGCGGCUGCUGCUGCAAGUUCUUUCGGCAACUUCAAUUUUGUUCGUUGUUCGUUUGCUGCUUCCGCCGACUCUGCUGCUGCAACUUCCUGGUUUGUUUGCUGCCGCUGUUCACUGCCGCAGCUUCUCAUCGUUGUUGCUGUUGCUGGUUCGUUGUUGGUUGUUGUUGCUGCUUUUACCGGUCAAACAACGCAACCUCUCUUGACAUCCCAUCUUUCUCCCUGUAGCCGUAUUGUUGCUGCUGCACCUCCCUCUGAUCCGUUGCUGUUGCACCUUCUUCUUCUUCUUCCAUGGCAAACGGCGAAGGUGAUGAUGUGACUAAUGAUCCGAAGACUCCAACUUCGUCCCGCAUCACUGCUGCUCUUUCUGAUGCGUCCUCUCCUGCUCCACGCCAUCCAGCCUUCUCACUCAAAUACAUCAAGAAUCACGUCUACGAGAUUCUUGAUUUUUCCAACUACUUAAUUUGGCGAGAACUUUUCAUUCCGGUUCUUAAAGCGCAUCAAGUUUUUGGCUUUGUUGAUGGUACAACUCCUUGUCCUCCACUUGGUGAUCCUGACUAUGCUCAAUGGGUUCAGAUUGAUUGUCUCAUCCUCUCUUGGAUUCAAGCCACUCUCUCUCGUGAGAUUCUGCGUAAUAUUAUCCCUCCGGGAUGAGGCGCAUUCCAGG